UAGUUUGACAUUUCAAACGACAAAUGAGUACAUAACCUCAAAAAAUCCACAUGUUUACGUUUACAAGUAAAAAUGCAAGUGUCGGACCCGAAUAACAUCAAAAUCUACAAUUUAAGCGCCGGCAAGUCGCUCCCAGAAUGGCUGUCGGAACGAAAGCGGCGAGCUCUCCUCAAAAAAGACGUCGAUUUGAGGCGCCGAAUCGAGCUGAUUCAGGACUUCGAUAUGCCGGGGCUCAGCACGACGGUGAAGGUGUCACGAGACGGUCAGUACGUUUUUGCCACCGGGAUUUAUAAACCCAGGGUGAAGUGUUUCGACGUCAAUAACCUCUCCCUGAAGUUCGAACGGUGCUUUGAUUCGGAAGCUGUCACGUUUGAAAUACUGAGCGACGACUAUAGCAAACUUGUGUUUCUGCAAUGUGACCGAUAUAUAGAGUUGCAUGCAGCUCAUGGGCGCUACUAUCGUUUGCGGAUACCCAAAUUCGGACGAGACAUGCAGUAUCACUACCCCAGUUGCGAUUUGUUUGUAGUGGGGGUGGGUUCUGAUAUUUAUAGACUCAAUCUGGAAAGGGGGCAAUUUAUGACGCCUUACUCAAGCACGGCUUCGGCUAUCAACAAGUGUGCGAUUAAUCCGGUGCAUAAUUUGCUGAUUUGUGGGACUCAGGAGGGGCGAGUGGAGGCGUGGGAUCCUAGGACCAAGGGGCUAGUGGGGACACUGGACUGUGCCUUCAGUUGUGUGACUGAAAAUAAAGAUUUGGAGGGGUUUCCUUCAAUUACCGCCCUAAAGUUUAACGGCGGACUCUCAAUGGGGGUAGGAACAGCCACAGGACAAGUCCUACUGUAUGAUAUUCGUUCAAACAAACCCUUCUACAUCAAAGACCACAUGUACGGUUUACCAAUUAAAGAUGUUGAGUUCCACCACCAGCAAGAUCUUAUUUUCUCCAUGGAUAGUUCAGUUGUGAAAAUCUGGGAUAAAAAUAACGGGAAAUUGUACACCUCUAUAGAAGCCUCCACAGAAUUCAACAAUUUGUGUGUGGUUCCAAACACCGGCUUGUUUUUCAUAGCCACCGAAAACACGAAAAUCCAGACCUACUAUAUUCCAAGCUUGGGUCCAGCGCCCCGCUGGGCCAGUUUCUUGGACUCACUAACCGAAGAACUCGAGGAAUCAAACUCCGAAAACGUCUACGAUGAUUAUAAGUUCGUCACCAAACAAGAGUUGGAGAAUUUGGGCUUGGAGCACCUCGUGGGGACCAAUUUGUUGCGAGCUUACAUGCACGGGUACUUCAUGGACGUACGAUUGUACAAGAAAGCCAAAUCCGUCGCCAAUCCAUUCGAGUUCGACGAAUACCGCAAAAAGAAAAUCCGAGAAACGAUAGAAAAAGACAGAGCGAAUCGAGUCCAAGUCAAUAAAUUACCCAAAGUGAAUAAAGACCUCGCGCUUAAACUAAUGACCGAAGAAAAAAAUAAAAAGAAGAAGAAAGAGAGCGGCGAUCUUCUGGAAGAUGACCGGUUUAAAUCAUUGUUUGCUGACCCCGCUUUCGAAAUUGAUAAGAACUGCGACGAAUACCGGUUGCUUAAUCCAGUAUUAUCAAGGCUAGAUGAAGCCAAAAAGAAAGAGUUGAAGAAGAAACUCCUCGCUCAGGAGUUCGAACCAGUGGAAGAGGAAUUAGAGGGGAAGAAUAGUUCAGAGGAGUCGUCUGAAGAGUCUGAGCACGAGGAAGAAAGUUCUGAUGAUGAUCAAAGUUGGGUUAAAGAAGUGAAGAAGCAGCAUAAAGCGAUUAAAAGGGAGAAUAAGCAAAGAGAGCGUGAAGAAGAACAAAAAGAGCCGAAGUUGUUUGAGUUGCGACAGGGGGAGGAAUACAAAGGGGUACAGAGUCUCAAGCGGAAAGUGAACAAAGCUCCACUCGGUGAGCGCGUGGAAGCCGAAACGUCGUCAGUACGACUCCUGGGUUCAGUUGGAAACCGCGAAAUGACCUUCUCCACACACAAGAAAAGAAACAAAUUAGCAGACUUCAAAAACAAGAAACAUAGAGAAGAACGGAAACGACUGAUUCGACCCCUGGGUGGAAUCAAAUCCAAGCACAAACCCCCGUUUUUUAAAAAUAAAAGAAAAUGAUGUAAAUAUGUAUAAAAUAAAUAUUUUUUUAAUCGAAA